AUGAAGUUCCUCAAGGUCGGCCGUGUGGCCAUCAUCACUCGAGGCCGAUAUGCCGGAAGGAAGGUCGUCAUCAUCCAACCCGUCGACUCCGGCACGAAAGCCCACCCGUUCUCCUACGCCCUCGUCGCAGGUAUCGAGCGCUACCCUUCGAAAGUCACCCGUCGCAUGGGGAAGAAGCGAGUAGAGAAGCGAUCCAAAAUCAAGCCAUUCAUCAAGAUGAUCAACUACAACCACAUUAUGCCGACUCGCUACACACUCGAAUUGGAAGGACUCAAGAGCGUCAUCUCUAACGACACUUUCAAGGAGGUCUCCCAGAGAGAGGAUGCCAAGAAGAACGUGAAGAAGGCCUUGGAGGAGCGAUACCUGAGUGGGAAGAACAGAUGGUUCUUCACACCGCUGAGAUUUUGA